AUGGCUUGGGGUAAAACGUAUAAAAUUGGCUGUGGCAUUGCUACAAACUGCAAUGGUGGCACGAGACUGAUGGUCGUUUGCCAUUAUUGGCCAGCUGAAAAUAUCCUGAAUGAGCUUAUAUAUGAGCCUGGCGAACCAUGCAACAACAACAGUGAUUGUCAUACCAGGAAAUGUUUACACGAGUUCGGGUUGUGCAUAAAAUGA